AGUAACCAUGCGGAUAGCUCAGCUGCUCCUAUCCACAGUGUGUGUGCUUCUCCUGUCUGGGAUGUGUAUCUUUGGAGAGGGCUUUUCAAACAGUGCUGCUAUCAAGGGCACACCAGAGCCCUGCUGUGAUGGGUGCCCCCCUGGAACUUACAAGACAGGCACCAGCAAUCUGUGCACUAAUUGUUCACUGGGUACAUUUUCUUCAGAGUGGAACGCUGACAAGUGUAAGCCAUGCCAUUGCAAGGAAGAUAAUUAUCUGCAGUGCAAUGCUACCAGCAAGGAAUGCCACUGUAAAACUGGCUAUGUCUACAAGAAUCCUGAACAUAGUCGCUGUAUACCAAUGGAGAAUUGCAAGAGAGGGACUGAACUUAAAAGAUCAGGCACUAUAACCUAUACAUAUACAUGUGAACAGUGUAUGAACAAUACCUUUUCGGACACAGAAGCAGGCACCUGCAAGCCAUGGACUGAUUGUCAGGCUUUGGGUCUGAUUACAGUCACCCCUGGUAACCAUACCCACAAUGCAAAGUGCGGAUGUGAGAAUGAUACCAGAUACCAAACCAUUACUGUGGUGGCUGCAUGGAUUUUAUUUAUUUUCUCCUUGAUACUUCUUUCUGUGAGUGUCUUGAUAUGGAAGGCUCAAUGUAAGAGCUGGACAAUGAUGACUAUUGCAGAAGCAGGUCUCGAUCCAUUGUUGAAAGAAAGAUGCCAACCGGAAGAUGCCUGUAGCUGUCAGAUAUCAAAAGAGGAAAGUGGAGACAAGUCAGUAGAGGAUGACAAUAUAAAAAGCCACAUUAUAGGUGCAUAGGAUCCGAGUUAGAAGAGCGGCCGGUGGCAAAAGCAUACCUCAGACAAGGAGUGAAGUUUUGAUUGGUCUUCAGAAACCUCAGCAGCCUCUGUAUGAUAUCAGAGGAAAAUCAACUUCCAAUUGGCUUUUAAAACAAUUUGUAUGAACAAAAUCUUCGGUUGGACGAACAACUUUACCAAUGUCCUAAUUUAAUACAUUUUUGAAGGCUAACCACUUUUAAGUCGAACAUUUAAACCUUUAGUUUAUGGGUUAUAAAUAAUGGAUAUUACCUGUCAAAAAACAACAUUAUGGGAUUAUUAAUAAUAACAGUUAUGGAAUGUGAACCCAUUGGCAAUAAACCUUAUAGUUCAUUUUCCACAUGAAGUGUCAUUAACAUUAAAUAAAUAGCUGAGGAAUACCUUGAA